GAGGGUUAGCCUAGAAGAUCUGUGCACAGGAGUAGAUCGCGGGAGGGGCGCCUGACAACCCCUUUCCUUAGGUUUGGGGUAGCCAUGCUCAGAGAGGCUGCGGGCGGACGGGAGCCCAGGGAGACAAGUUUUGUCUCUGUCCCUAGUGCGAUGUCUGCUUGUCUUGGAGUUUGUGCAAAGGAAAGCACAUGGUUCUUUGGGAGAGCGUCUUAAGGAAUCAAGAGGGGAUGGAAUGGAUACUGAGAAGUGGGAGGCUGGAAAACUAGAAGGUAUGAACCCAGAAAGCAAGAAAUAAUUGAGAAGAGCAGCCGAAAGACUCUCCUGAUCAGCAACUAGUAGAGCCAGCGGCCAAGCCACUUAUGCCUGUGCACUUAACUGGGAGGCUGAAAAUCUGGAGGCGGUUGGAUUUAAGGACCCACUCUCCAGGCCUGGACCUGCGAAAGCACAGUCAACCUAAAGUGGGCCACAAGUUUAUUUGAUCAAAUGAUUGUCCUGUGAACCUAAGAGGAGGUGUCUCCGGAAGGACAUUUUACAGAUUUUUUUUUUUAAAUCGAAGCACCCGUGUGCCUAAAUUGUGCCUUCUUGUACACGAGCAUAAACUUAAAUCAACUCAGAAGGACAAAGUCCGCCAGUUCAUGGCAUGCACACAAGCUAGCGAGAAAACUGCCAUCUACUGCCUGACACAGAAUGAGUGGAAACUAGAUGAGGCUACAGACAGUUUCUUCCAAAACCCAGAGGCGUUCCACCGAGAGUCUAUGAAGAGCACUGUGGACCAGAAGAAACUGGAGCAGCUCUAUGGCAGGUACAAAGACCCACAGGAUGAAAACAAAAUCGGAGUUGAUGGGAUCCAGCAGUUCUGUGAUGAUUUGAACCUGGACCCUGCCAGUAUUAGCGUUUUGGUCAUAGCAUGGAAGUUCAGGGCUGCCACUCAAUGUGAAUUUAGCAAAAAGGAAUUUGUGGAUGGCAUGACAGAACUGGGGUGUGACAGCACAGAGAAGCUGAAAGCUCUUCUUCCCAAGCUGGAGCAAGAGCUCAAGGACUCAGCCAAGUUUAAAGACUUUUACCAGUUCACCUUUACCUUCGCCAAGAACCCUGGGCAGAAGGGUUUAGAUUUAGAAAUGGCUGUUGCAUAUUGGAAGUUAGUAUUGUCGGGAAGGUUUAAAUUUUUAGAUCUUUGGAACACAUUUCUGCUGGAGCACCACAAACGAUCAAUUCCCAGGGACACUUGGAACCUCCUCCUAGAUUUCGGAAACAUGAUUGCAGAUGACUUGUCUAACUAUGAUGAAGAAGGAGCCUGGCCUGUCCUUAUAGACGACUUUGUAGAAUAUGCCCGACCAGUAGUCACAGGUGGGAAGCGCGGCCCUCUCUAAGCGGAAGUCAGCUGUGGAGGAUAAGAUGACCGGGUCCUGGGUUGCUGUGUGCACUUGUUGCUGACUUCAGAAGUCUUCCUCGUCCAUUCAUGAAACAAAUCCUUACUCCGCUUAAAGGCUGCAGUGGCUGCCACGUAGGAACCGAGAAGCUCCUCAGGAAGUUAGGGACGUGUCAUCAGAGCUGUUGCUUCAGGAGCUGCCUGCAUGCAUGCCUUUACAGAGAGCAGCUUAGAACCUGUGCGCAGGGCUGAGAGCAUGCAGUUCAGUUCACGCUGUGAAGGUGAGCGCCAGCGGUUUCCAAAGCCGUGGAAUCACGUUGUAAUUAUGCCUCAAAAUAGCAUCCAUGUCCUCGGAACGGUGUGUCUUUUUACAAGUCCAAGCUGUCAGAAGCAAACCCUGAUGAAGACGGCCUUUCCAGAGAGCCUGCUGCUUUUAAUCUUGUAUUCGAGAUGGAUAGUUCUGAAUUAUCAAAUCUCUAGAUUUACUAGAUAUCCUGUUUUUAUUUUCUGUAGAAGACACUGUUGCAGUUUGCACAGGGAUGGCACAGGCUGGAGUCCAGCAGGGCCACUUCACACUGUUUACAAGCUGCCGGGCCUGUUUUACUUCUAAUAAGGUUAUGAUUAUUAGGCCUGGAUGCUGCCUCCUGAGAAGUUUCUUAUUUUUUUAAUAUAUUUUAUUAUAUUUAAAAGGACAUUUUUUUCCAUGAGAAAUACUUCUUUUUGAGUGAUGAAUUAGAUUUACAAAUCAAUGCACUGGUUCCCUUCACCUGUCUAUUAUGUCUUCAGUGCCCAGUGUCCAGCCCUUGGAUAGCCAUAUGAAUUUGGAAGCAAAAACACACAUCAUCCGAAAGCGUCUACCCACAAAGCCUCUGUCUCAUUUGUCUGCGCCAUGUCACUGUCUGCUUUUCUGGUGUUUAUCUGCUCAAGACCCCCUCGUGCACACGGGCAUGGAGGGCCUGGGUACUGUCCGCUCAUCUGGUGUGCACAGGCACGGAGGGCCUGUCCGCUCAUCUGGUGUUAAGCUUUGAACAUCACUGUGCUGACCCUACCUCACACUUGCCAAGACUUGGUGUCACACGCGUGCCUUGCUGCCCGGCCUACAGCGUGGCUGUGGAGCAGAUAUGCUGGGCCCACUUCAGGAUGGGGAACUGAUCAGAUGCCUAUACGCAGAAAGCAUGUCCCGGAUAUGCAGUCGGGGUGGCUUCUGGUGAUGGGACAUGCCCCUGAUUUAGGAAGCAGCUUGUGUGCCCUACAGUGAGAUGGACUAUUGACGGUGGAUGGGUCUCGCAGAGGCGAUGGCGAACUGGACAGGAGGCCAGUCUCCACAGAGCCAACCCUCACUGUGUGAGAUGACAUCUAGGGACCCGUCUACAGGUCCGCAAAAGGGACAACUGGAGCAUCUUUGAGAGUGUACGUAACCAAACUGACUUAACGGAAACUUGGAAAACAAAGCAGCCUUCCAGGCUUUGUGGGUUCCUGACAUAGAGUUAACCUCUGUUCGGAGAGAUUUAUGGGUACAAAUAACUAAAUUCUGAAGGUCUGCAAUACACUAUUAUUUUUAAGAUUUAACAUUCUUCAGGAAGACCAGCGAUAGGACUCAGCAGGCUAAGGCACAUGCUGCCUAGCCUGACAACCCGAGUUCAAUCCCUGGGAGCCACAUGGUGGGAGAGAACCGACUCCACACAUGUGCCAUGAAAUGCAUGUAUUCCCCCUACACACAUGUACUUACACAACAAAUUAAAUAAAUAAACGUAACUUUAAAGUUUUCAGUUCUAUGGGAUUGUCAGUAGGCUGCGAUGCACUAGGAACCGAUAAAGGCUUUUCAAAGACCUGUGCUCUCUGUUCUGUCAUUUUCACUUGAACUGUGCAUGUUACAGAAAUGCUGAAUACUUGAGUAAUGGUAAAUAAAGUAUUUUCCCUGGU